AUGAAAACUGCCACCGCAGGUGGCUACAACGAUCGUCAGGACAUCGCCACGCGGGACAAGCGCGCGGCAGAGGAUUUUGGCCGACGUGUGGUCAAGCGCGAAGGGGACAAGAAACAACGGGCCCAGGCCGCCUUGGAUCGCUUGCGGAAGAAGACGGCCGGUGCCGAGGAGGAGGUGAAGUUGCCAGAGACCGAUGAAAAAAAGCCGCCCCGGGAAGAGACCGCACCGGGACGGCCGCGGGGUUCACCGCGCGGUGAACGGUCGAGGUCCCGGCGCCGGCGGUCGCCCUCGCGGCGAAGGUCGCGGUCGCGCUCGCGGCGGCGAAAACGACGACGCUCUAGCUCCUCCAGCAGUUCCAGGUCAUGA